CACGCUCCGCCUUCGCUCCGUGAUCACAAACACAACAAAGUGAGAAACAUGGCGAGCGCGGAGCAGCGCAGCGGACUAUCCCCGGGGCCCGUGGAGCCCGUGUCCGGGCCUGGACACGCGCUGCCCGGCUCUGUGGAGGCGUUGUUCCCUGCGGGCCCGGAGGAGCAGGAGCCCGGGGAGGUGGACCCGGAGCUGGCCCGGCUGUCGGAGCGGGUGCGCGGCUGGCUGUCGCAGUACGAGCCGCUGCUGCUUUGGCUCCAGCGGCUCCUGGUGUGGGAGAGGCCCGUGUACAGCGUGUCCGCGGCGGUCACACUCAACACACUCUUCUGGUUGUUAUCAUCGACGUCACUGCGCCCCCUGUUCCUCCUCAGUGUGUCUCUGCUGGGGCUGAUGCUUCUGGAGCGAUGGAAGCACAAACUGCCCCUGUGUCAUGCGCAACAAACAGAAACUGUACCCAAACCACGGGGGGCCGUGGACUUGCAGCCCCGCCUUCUCUCUGUACCUGAGCUCUCUCUUCACCUGGCCGACAGUUACCUGAGCUGUUGCUGGUACCUGCGUGAGAUGCUAACGUAUAAGCGCCACAACCAUGGCAAGUUCUGCGCUCUGAUGUGCAGUGGAUGUCUGGUUUUGGCUCUGGUCGGACAUUACGUUCCUGGAGUCAUGAUCUCCUACAUCAUCGCUCUCAGCGUGUUGCUGUGGCCUCUGGUGGUGUACCAUGAGCUGAUCCAGAGGAUGUACACGGGACUGGAGCCCAUUCUCAUGAAACUGGACUACAGCAUGAAGGGCGAGACAGAACUGCGCAAACACGACAAGAGGAAGGUGAAGAAGGAGCAGGAGGAGGGGGCGGAGCCCAGAGCAGAGACAGAGAGUGAGAGUGAAGAGGAGGAGCUCUGCUGCUUUGCUCCUACUGUGGACGUAAAGACCACGGCUCUGGCUAUGGCCAUCACAGACUCAGAGCUCUCUGAUGAAGAAGCUUCCAUUUUGGAAAGCGGAGGUUUCUCGGUUUCCAGGGCAACGACGCCGCAGCUUACAGAUGUCUCUGAGGACCUGGACCAGCAGAGCGUGCACUCGGACCCAGAGGAGGCCUACCUCAAAGAUCUGCCUGACUUUCCUUCAGUGGAGGAGUUUCCCCUGGACCCCCAGAGUCUCCUGUUCCCCCCACACAGGCACCUGGAGUCAGCCCAGGGCACAGCUCAGCCAGGAGCCUCCUCUCACCCAGACUCUACCCAGCCCGGAGCCUCCUCAGACAGGGAACCACUCAGCCCAGCCUCCCUGCUCCUCCAGCACCUCACAUCACCUCUGCACUUUGUCAACACGCACUUCAAUGGACACAUGCAGCAACAGAUACAAGCCCAGACCGGCGAACAGACUGGAGACCAGACCGGAGACCGGACCAGAAUCCAGUCUGAGAUCCAGUCCCGGGCGGUGAUGGAGCAGGCACAUCGCUCCCUAGAGGCUUUGAGUGAGGAGAUCGUGUCCACAGCCAUAUCCACCGUGGUCCAAAACACUCUGUCUGCUCUGCUCCGCUCCAGUGAAGACGGAGACGAACCAGGCCUGGAGGAGUUUCUGCCUGAGACGCUGGGGCCUCUGGAAGGAGAGGAGGAGGAAGAGGAGCAGCAGACGGAGGAGAGGGACGAGACCCUGGUCCCUGCAGAGGACGAGGACUUUGAGCUAUUGGACCAAAGUGAACUGGACCAGGCCGAACAGGAGCUGGACUCAGACACAAACCUGAGGCACUCGUAGCUUCACAAAGAUUUGUUCAUCACUAAUGUGUCACUGAAAAGUCCUGUCCACAGUUUUAUCUACAAGAGGGUGUAGGCCCGGGUUUGUACCGGGGUUAGUCCUUGUUUAGGCCCAGGUUUAGACCUAGUUUAGAUCUGGUUUAGACAUGGUUGAGGGUGUGUUCAUAAUUGAUUUGAUCUUAACAUGAUUUCAUCCUGUUUUUUAAAUUCUGGUUUAAAGACCGGGGACUAGACGGGGACUAGACCGGGGACGGGACUAGACCGGGACUAGACCGGGGACUAGACCGGGACUAGACGGGUAGACCGGGGACUAGACCGGGGACCGGGUAGACUACCGGGGACUAUACCGGGGACUAGACCGGGGACUAGACCGGGGACUAGACCGGGGACUAGACCGGGGACUAGACCACCUCUGUUAGGUAUUGGCCAUUGUGGGCCAGUUGUUUAAAGUCUCAAGUGUGGACUCGGCCUUUAAAAUACAAAAAAAAUAAUAAAUUGUAUACAUUUAUCUGAACAUUUUAACCCAUUUAAUUUCUCUUUGGUUUUUCAAUUUAAACCUCUGUAAUUUUGUGUAUGUCUUUAUGGUUAAAUGGCUUCAUAAUUAAAGCAAAUAUAUAUUUAUUCUACAAAAUGAUUCCUGUAAAUUAACCACUUUUUACUUUUUUAUUUCGUCAACUUUCAAAACUAUUUAUUAUUUUUUAAGUUGUCAUUUUUUUUGUUAAAUGGGUUCAAAUGUUCUGUAAUGUGAGAUAAUACUGUUUGUUGGUUUAUUUUGUAGAUUUUGUUUUACUGUAAAUUCAAAUCCAGCCUGUUUGACCAAUCAGAAUGGUCCUCUCUGUGAUGGGUCGGGCUUUAGAUGCGUGUUCCUCUCUCUGAUUGGUAGUUUUACUCUGAUUGUACCAUAUGACACAGAAGAGCUUUUAUUUUGAAAUCAUGAAUGAAUAUUUGACUUUUCAUAACGUUGCCUUUUUAUGUGACAUCUGAAUUUCUGACACAAAUUUAACUGUUAAUAUAUGACAAUAAAUUAUUUUAAUUUAAGUGGAAUGCAGUGAAUUGGGUAAAAAUUGUCUUCGGGUAGAAUUUAAUUUGAAAUUAGUUUAGAAAUUUUGAGCAGCAGGUAAAAUUUUCACUUUCACAAUUUUGAAAUGAAAAAUUUAAGUCAACUAUUUAUAGGUAAAAUGGCAAAUUUCUCUUAAGAUUUUUUGCAUAAUUUUAACUAAUACAACUUGUAGUUAAUUUUCACUACUGUAUUUCUCAUCCCCUUUUUUGAAAAGUUCCUGUCUGCUUUUAUUUUGAAGUGUGGACCUGUUUGUACUAAUAACUGUUCCUGUGAAUAGUGUAGAUAUGAUGUAUAAUAUUGUGCAUGUGAAACCGUCCCUUUUCCUCCUGCAAUCGCACAAAACGUUUAAAUUUCACGAGGAAAAAGUUGGAUUUAUUUUAAAUCUUUGUUCUGUUGCUUAAACUGCACUUAAAGGAUUCUAUUUUCUAAUUUGUCCUUUUCCAUAAAGUCUUCAGUUUGGUCUUUUUAACCAUAACAAACGAAAAGGUGGAAUUUCAGAGUCAAACUUUGAAUGUUGAAAAUGUGACAUUUCAGCUGCACAUCCCAAAUAAAAGACAAACUGAAGUGAA